UCCUCAUUCAUCUCCAUUCCUCUCUUCUCAACCCUCUAAUUUUCUCCCUUAUCCUUACAAACCUAAUCUUCAAUUUCAUUUCAAACAACAACAAAAAACCAAUAACCAAACCAUGUCUUUGGUUUAACACUCUCCAAAAUUUGCUCUCACCUCAUAACAUCCUCAUUUUUUUUUGUACUUUAAAAAUCCUCUGUUUUUCCCCUGUUUUCACUUACCCUGUUUUUAAAACAUUUUUUCUUUUUGGAUAAGACAAAAUGUCUUCUUCCUUGUGCCAAGGGUUGCAAUCUUGUCUUGAACCUCGUUUGAUAGAACCACGUAUUUUAACGCUCAAAUUGGCUCCACCAGGAUCAAACAUUUCACCUUCUUUAGACCAAGAGAAACCCAUCAUCAUCAACAAUGAAUGUGAAAAAAAUGACACAAAAUCUAGCUGGAGUUUCCUUCAAGCUUUAACAGAAACUAACAAAAUUGAAAAUGCAAAUGGUAACGUCUAUGUUCAUCCUACUGUGAAACGUUCCUCAUCAAUGCUAAGUGAAAAGAGCUUAGAAAUGUGCACUGAAAGCCUUGGGAGUGAAACUGGUAGCAAUGCUGGUGAAAGUAGUGAUAUUGAUGUUUCAUUAUUUUCUUCUGACACAAGAAAUGAUGUUAACAAUAACAACAUGAAUAAUUGUGUGUCUAGAAGAGUUAAUAAAGCUUCUUGUAACUUUCCUCCACCACUCACUUCAAUAACUGAUUUUGGUGGUGUUCAUGUUAGGCCUCAUCGCGAAGGUGGUAGGUUGAUAUUAGAAGCUAUUGCUUCUCCUUCUACUACUCCUUAUUUCCAUGCAGAACGUGUUGAUGGUAGGCUUAGGUUGAGUAUUUUUGAGACUGUUUUUGAUUAUGAUGGUGAUGAUGAGGAUUAUGAAGGAGAGGAAGAAGAAUAUGAAGAAGAAGAAGUAGAAGAAGGUGAAAGUGAAAAGAAGCAUAAAGUGAGUGUUGAUGAUUAUGAAGGAGAUGAAGAAAAAGAAGAAGAAGAAAAAGAAGAAGAAGGUGAAAAUGAAAAGAAACAUGAAGUGUAUGGUGAUGAAGUGAGUGAGGAAGAGUGUGUUGAGAAGGUGGAAGAUGAGAUGGGUGUGACUAAGUUUGGAAGACCAAGAAGGUGCAAAGAAAGUGGGAAUAGAGAUUUUUUUGGUGAUGGAUACUUUGAGCUUCCAUCUCUUUCACUAUGUCUUUGAAUAUAACUUGUUUGUAUUUUACUACUAUUAUCCAUCACUUUCUCUUUGUUUCAUUUUCUUUUUAGGAUUUCACCACUUAUGAUUGGUGCUUAUUUCUCAUUGUCCUGUGGAAGUUAGUUAUUAUAGUUAUUAUUAGUUAUAUUUGGACAUCGUCCUUCUAUCUAUGCCCCCUUCUUUA